GUCCCUCCAGGCUUCCAGGACGUCCACGUCAUGAUCUUCGUUGGCUUCGGUUUCCUUAUGACCUUCCUGAAACGUUACAGCUUCGGCGGCGUCGGCUUCAACUUCCUGAUUGCCUCCUUCGGUCUGCAGUGGGCCCUUCUCAUGCAAGGCUGGUUCCACUCCCUCGACCCCGAAACUGGAAAAAUCACCAUUGGAGUUGAGAGUCUGAUCAAUGCUGACUUCUGCUGUGCCGGCUCUCUGAUCGCCUACGGUGCCCUGCUGGGAAAAGUGAGCCCCGUCCAGCUGUUGGUUGUCACCUUAUUUGGCGUCACACUCUUUGCUGUGGAAGAAUACAUCAUCCUCGACCUCCUUCAUUGCAGAGAUGCUGGAGGCUCCAUGGUCAUUCACGCCUUUGGAGGAUACUAUGGUUUAGCCAUUUCCUGGGUCCUGUACCGACCAAACCUGUACCAAAGCAAAGGCCUCAAUGGAUCCGUCUACCACUCGGAUGUAUUUGCUAUGAUCGGAACACUGUUCCUGUGGAUGUUCUGGCCCAGUUUCAACUCGGCCAUCACGGACCACGGCGACGGACAGCACAGAGCCGCCAUCAACACUUACCUCGCCCUCGCCUCCUCUGUGCUCACAACGGUGGCCAUUUCCAGCAUGUCUCAGAAGAGAGGAAAACUAGACAUGGUGCAUAUCCAGAAUGCCACUCUGGCUGGUGGUGUUGCCAUGGGGACAGCGGCAGAGUUCAUGAUCACUCCCUAUGGUUCACUCAUCGUGGGUUUCUGCUGCGGAAUCAUCUCCACCUUCGGCUACCUGUAUGUCACGCCAUUCUUAGAGAAGUAUCUGAAAAUCCAGGAUACAUGUGGCGUCCACAACCUGCACGCUUUGCCAGGGAUGCUGGGUGGCUUCGUAGGUGCCAUCGUUGCUGCAGCAGCCACUGAGUCUGUCUAUAGUAAAGAGGGGUUGAUCAACACAUUUGACUUUGAAGGUGAAUUUGCAGACAGGUCUGUUGGGACACAGGGAGGCUUCCAGGCUGCUGGCACAUGUGUAGCCAUUGCAUUUGGACUCGUAGGAGGUGCAAUUGUCGGUGAGUUUAAGAAAUGAUUUAAAAAGGUCUCA